AUGAUUAUUUCUACAAAGGAUAAAACUAUAAUUAGUUUGAAAAGCAAUAUUGAUAAAAUUGAUAAUAUUUUAUCACAAAAAAUUGCUGAAUAUGAAAAUGCAAUGGAAGGAAAACAUUGUGAAAUUUUGAAGUUGGAAAAUGAAAAUAAGUUAUUAAAUGAAAAAGUAAAAGAUAUGGAACAUAAACUUAUGGAAAUGAAUUUAACAAUUAUAUCCUUAACUGAACAAAAUGAUAAAAUUAAUAUUAUAUAUACAAUGCAAGAAAAUCUAACGAAAUUGGAUAAAAAUGAAAAGAAAUUAAAAAUUGAACUCAAUAACUUAAGAAAUCAACUUAUAAAUGAUCAAAAUAAUAAUAAAAAACUUGAUAUUAGUUUAGAUCUACCUAAUUUAGAAGAAUCAUCAAAUAUUAAAAAUUUGCAAGAUAAAUACAUAAUUCAUCAAGAUCGAGAAAUAGAAUUAACUAUAGAUAAUACAAAUGAAGAUUUUAAACAAAAAUAUAAUGAUCAAAAACGAGAAAUAAAAGAAAAUGAAAUAGAAGAAAUUGAUAUACAAUUAUUGAAUAAUGUAAAUACAAAAGACGAAUUGUUAAAAAAUAAUUAUAUAACGUUUGAACGAUUUGAUUCUUUACAAGAUAAUAAUAUAAAUACAAAAUAUAAAGAAAAAAAUAUUACAAAUGAACAUAAUGUAAAUCAAAAUAAAAUGGAGAAUAAAGAUUUUGAAAUAAAACAUCCUAAAGAAGUCAUAAAACAUUUAGUGCAAGAAAAUGAUGAUCUUCGUAUUAUUCUUAAAUCUCAGAUGGAAGAAUAUCAAGAUAAAUUAAUAUUAAUGAAGAAAAAUUAUGAUAGUAGUUUAAAUGCACUUUGUGAGAGACAUAAAGCAAAUAUUGAAGUUUUACAAAAACAAUUUGAAGAUGAUAUAAAAAAUGAAAAAGUGUUUGAUUCAGAAAAUUGGUUAUUAUCAUUGAAUAUGAAAGAAUUAAUGGAAUUGCAUGAACGAAUAAAUAUAAUUAUUAACAAUAGCACUAAUAUAAUACACAUGGAAAAUGUAAAUCAAUGUUUAUCUGAUAAUGGUGUUCAAGAGCAAUUUUAUACAAAAUUAAAUGAACCAGAAAAGAAAUUUCAAAUUUUAUCAAUGAAUGAAGAAGAAUCAAUGUAUAAUAAAAUGAUGUCAUCAAUUGUAAAGGAGAAAACUUCACAUUUUCAAAAUCAAUGGCAAUUUAAAUCUUUCAAUGAUACUCAAAAGUAUCCAACUUUACAAACACAAGAUUAUAAAUUCAAUUUAGAACACAAUUUUGGAUACUUUAAUGGUGAAGAAAAAUCUCUAGAAUUAGAAAAUAAAUAUGAGAAAGAAAAACAAAUGGAAAAAGAUAGCACUUUUGAUAAACAAAGAUGGAGUUUUAUUAAUCAAUGUAGUGCUUACCAUAAAUUGAGCAAUAUACAUGAAUAUAUUAAAACAACAGAUUAAUAUUAUUAAAAUUUUCAAGAUAAAUUUUGUUAUAUUUUAAA